AUGCCUUACGAAACGAGAUGCGCUAUCGCAAAAGAGCUUGGCGAGUGCUUCUCAGAAUUACAUUCCAUCAGACGUGUCACUGCCGGCAGACUCACCAUAUCACCUUCUCUGGGAUCAUUGGUGAUUCAACCAUUUAACAACACGGAAACGGAUGCUGCCGUGCUAUACGAGAACGGACCAGCGGCACUGACAAUUUCAGAUAUGCUACGUGCAGUUCUUGAGCACAAAAAGGAACUAGCUAUAGCAGAGGGUCCAAACCAGUCAUUCAGGGUUUCUUUCUUCGAUUCCUUCAUUACUACGGCAUCGGAGAUGAGUGCCCUUGGGCCCCCCUCGCCGACUCGGCCGCAAGCCAUCACCGGCAUUCUCGAUUGGGACAGCGCACUCUUCGCUCCACCCUUCAUUUGUUGUUCCCCUCCAAUGUGGUUGUGGGCCUGGAACGGUGAGGACGAAGAGGACGAGCAGCUCGCAAAUAAUGCACCUCCGACGCUCGAAUUGCGUAAAUUGAAACAAUUGUUCGAACAUGCGGCCGGCCCAAUAUAUCGUCGCUUUGCGUACGGCACCCAAUAUCGACUAGCUCGGAAACUAAUACGAUUCGCCAUAGACGGAUUACAAUCAAACGAAGACCUGACUAAUGCUGACUUGCUUCUAGCUGAGUGGGUUGAAGUACAGAGAUCGUUGAAAUUAGCAAACGCAACCAUCACAACAACGUACGUUGACCCGUGA